AGUAACUGUGUGUGUCAUCAUCCUAGCAGUGAAAGAGUCAUUCAAGUUUCAACUUCUUCGUGGUGAAGAUGUUCGGUGCUUUGGUGGUGCUAGGUUGCGCUUUGACCUUUGCUUCGGUAGCACAGUGUGAUGAUAAUAAUGAGUAUAAUUGGAUGCUUCCGUACGAAAGAUCUUCAUUAGAUGAUUGUGAGGAGCGGUUCUACAAAAAAAUUGAUGCAUCUAAAGUUGCACCAUCAGCAGGAAGCCCUGCUUACUUGCGCGAGUUUGCCCACAUUGCCGCCAUCGGUUGGACCAAUGAAGAUCAAAGUGUGCGCUGGUUGUGUGGAGGAUCGUUGAUCUGGGAAAACUUUAUCCUUACUGCGGCUCAUUGCGCAUCUAAUGAUUACAAUGUUCCACCAGAUGUAGCUCGUUUGGGAGAUAUUAACAUCUACAGCGACGAAGAUGAUGAGUUUGCGCAGCAAUUGAAGAUAGUGGACAUCAUUCGCCACCCAAUGCAUCGAUUUAGCUCGACGUAUUACGAUAUUGCGCUCAUGAAGCUGGAGCGAAAUGUCACCGUUCAUGACACGGUAGCACCGACCUGUCUUUGGUUGGACGAUGAGAUACGCUUCCCCGAGCUGUUGGCGGCUGGAUGGGGCAGAACAGGAAUCGCUGAGGAUCAAACAAAUGUCCUGUUGAAAGUGCAGCUCGCUCCAAUCACCAAUGACGAAUGCUCGAGUUACUAUGAUAAAGGUAAUCGUAUGUUGCGAAACGGGCUUAUGGAUCAUCAAUUUUGUGCAGGCGAUGAAAAGAUGGACACCUGCCCAGGAGACUCCGGAGGACCACUGCACGUAAAACUAUUCAAAAACAUGAAUUUAAUACCAUUCUUGGUAGGAGUGACUUCGUUUGGGAAAGCCUGCGGUGCAUCAGUGCCUGGAGUAUACGUGAAGGUUUCGAAGUUUGGUGAUUGGAUCAUUGAAACUCUUCAACGUCACGGUGAAAUGGCCACACGUUUCAAGUUUGAACCGAUGGUUUGUGCCAAUCGUUAUUAUGAUUUUCGCGAAACCAUGAUAGAUUUUGUCAGUGUGUAUGAGGGUCAGGAAUAUAUUGAUUUGUCGAAUGCAUACGUGAGUUCAACAAUUAGUAACAACGUAGUAUUUUUUCUAAGGCUGCCCUCUGCUCCUCAAGCCAAUAAUGUUUGCUUUGGAACACUCAUCGAACCUAACGUAGUGUUAACGUUAGCUGAAUGUGUUCUUGAUGAGGGAUCAAGACCAACGCAUGUUGUACUGGCGAACGAAAAAAUGAUCGAGGUAUCGGAAAUCAUCAUCCAUCCGUCGUACAAUCCUUCUAUUUCUCCGUUCUAUGACAAUAUCGCUGUGAUGAAACUCCAUUCUUUUGGGAUGAUUGAACCAUUCUGUGGGUGGUAUGGAGAUCCCAAACCAGAUCAGAAGUUAUUAAUUACAGGAAGCAAUCUAAUACCGAUUGAAAAGACGGAAGAAUAUGAUUCAACCACAAUAAUGACCCGAGUUUGGGAUCAAGCGCCUGAACAAUGUCGGUUAGCUCAGGAGUACUCCGACAUGCUUCCAGAGGGAUUGCAGUACGAGCAUUUGUGCUACGAGAACCAGCCCUUCCUUGUUCCUGGCGCUUGUGACAUAAUGAUAGGAAGCCCAAUUGAAAGAAACGGUGAAAAACGCGUUUAUAUCGAUGGAAUCAAUUUAUUUGGUCGCGAUUGUGGCUAUGGUGAGCCGGCUGUAGGCAUACGGCUCAGUGCGCACAAAGAAUGGCUUGAAUCUAUAUUGCUCCCUCGACGUGAUAAUGCGACUCUUGUGCACAUUGAUUCAGAUCUGAAACUUGGCGACGAAUGCGAGUAUGCCGAUCUGACGAAAGGAACUUGUGUGUAUGAGCCAAGCUGUCCAGACAUUAACACACGACUGCAGAACAACCAACAUGUUAUGUUCUGUGGAAAUAGAACUGUGCUUUGUUGUCCUAACAAAGCUACCGAUCCUCGAAUGAUGGCAAUAGAAGACGAAUUCAACCAGUGUGAGAAGCGCUAUCGUCACUUCAGAACUGAUCAACAGAAUGGUAGUUCACAUGCUGUUGAGAUAGGAUGGCAAGAUGAACGCAACACAACGUAUGGAUGUUACGGAUACCUCAUCAGUACACGUGGUGUUGUUUCGUCGGCAUCCUGUUUGUUGGAAAGAGGCAGUAGGCCGAACAUUGCACGAAUAGGAGGAAUCGAUUCAUUGGACAAUUCGCGUGUUGUUCCUAUUGAGAAAGUCAUCAUCCAUCCCAGCUACAAUGCGGAAACACUAGAACAUAAUAUUGCAAUAGUGAAACUCGAAUCGACCGUGGAUCCAUCGGAGAAUGUCUUUCCUACGUGUCUUUGGCAGAACAUUACUCACUCACCGGUCAAGCAGAUAGUAUUGGAUUUUGCUUCCAAGCGAUACGAUCCCAUUCAUCCGAUGUACAAAAGCGACUGCGAGGUUCUUUUGAAUCGUACCUUCGAUGAGCAUUACACGCUCUGCAUGAAUCCAGGAACAAAAUUCUACCAAAUCGUAUUUUAUGUUGGCGAUUUACAAGUGCGACUGAAACCAAAUGUUUCUAUCUCCAAUAACUGCUAUGAAACUGGAAGUCCUAUCGUAUGGAGACAGGCUCCGAAUAGCACUGAUAACGUAGAAUAUCUCGUGCAUAUGUACAGCCACGGAAGCUGCGAUCUUAACAUCCCUCGCGUAGUGACCCGUAUUGCUGCGUACAUCGGGUGGUUCAACGCAGUGCUGCAUUAAUUGUAAUGUUGCAUUAUGUGACCGAAUGUUUUCACUCCGUGAGAUCAAUUAAUCAGAACAAUUAUUUUGCAAACAUCCAUCUGCUAGGCUCAGUUAAAUACAAUAAACCUUUGAGUUACAGUUUUCA